ACAUGCAUUAAAUAUAAACUCUAUCCCUAUUCCAUUUAACUAAUGUGGGUACUAACUCGACCUAUCUACCAUAAUAAUCGAGUUGGAGAUGUUCUUAAUCUCAGCAUGGCGAGUUUACCUGAAUAGCAGGGUUUUUGAUUCGAUAAGGAAGUUGCAUUUUAACGUGAGUAAAGGUAAAACGUUUUGGGGUGAGAAAGGCUCAAACUCUCGACCUCAGGAUAACUCAGUAAGCUAUGAGACCUACGCGCUACUCAACUGCGCCACCACCCCAUUUUUCCAUUGGUUCCUGGUAAUUAAUCUAUAAUGUUAAAUAUGAUGAGUGAUGACAAGAAUAAGUAAGCAAGGUUACCGAAAAUGCCAAUCAUCAAUUCGUGACCAUGAUGAUGAUACCAACUCAUUCAGACCUUAUCAAUUUACAAUCACCUUAUUGUGGGCAUUUGUUAGUCCAAUUGAAACUUGGCUAGACAUAUUCAUCUACUAUAGGUACAAAUGGGCUGGUUUUGGGUAUCCAAAGAAUAACAAGGAAGAAUGGGUUGCUUCUACUUACCAAAAAUAAAGAUGACUCUGUUGCUUCUGUUUUGAUGGGCCUUCCUUUCCAAUCCAUUAUGACCAACAGUACAUAUAAAACACCUGCAUCAACUGAUGUACAAUUCAUAUAUGAAUGAAGUGUGUAUAUAUACAAACAACAACGAUUAAAGCAGAUGGAUGGGUGAGGAUUUGAAAUUUUAAAUAUUUUAUGAAAGAGAUUAAAACUCGGCCAAAAGCACUUCCUCUCAAAAACAUAUUGAAGUGCUUGCAUGCCUUGAUGCCAAUGGAAGAAAGUAAACAGCAUAUGGCAUGGAAGAUUCUAGAAUGUCUAAAACUAAUAUUUGUUAUAUUCUCUGGGAAUAAAGGGGGACAUCAGGAACCAACAAAGCAAAGACAGGGAAAGUGAUUGGAUGAUAAUAAUGGUCGACAGACUCUAGCACUUGGUGAGCAACUCCACUAACAUUAAAUAUGAGGAAAAAAAUUACUAUACCGAAAAAGAACAUAACAAAAUACAAACUUUUUAUCAAUCCUUUUUACCGUGCAAGUCAAAAAUCUAGAUCCUUCCUAUUCAUUAUUUAGCAUUGCUGACUCUUUAUUCUUUCUAUGGCUGCACAAGGGCUUGCCACGUUGGAGCAAUUAUCUAAGCCUACAGCAUCACCCCAAGCUCCUCAGUCCUGAAAUUGGAAAAACUGGAAACACAGUUUCUGGGGGGUCCCAUUCGCUUGGAAUCUUAGGACACAAGUAACGUAGCUUCGGAGCAGCUCUCACUUCUCACUGCUCACUUGUGACUGCUUCGCUGUAUAAAAUCCACUCCAUCCUUCACUCUCUCUUCUUGCAAUUCUGCAAAGUGUUUUCUAUCGUUCUCACUCUGACAGUAGUCUCGCUUUCUUUCUCUUGUUUCAUCGUUUAUUUUUCUUUCUUGUUUCUUCUAACAAUUGGACGAAAUGAGGAACAAAAAGGGAUACCGAAUAAUUCAGCCAAUCACCAAUGAAGAACGAUUUAGCAAUUACUAUUGCUAUUACCUCUUCUGGGUUGCGGUUGGUUACUACUUGUGGAAAAAAAUACUUAGCAUAACGGGGUACAGAUUCCAUCCAACGGAUUUCGAACUCCUCCAUUACUAUCUACAGAACAAAAACCUCGGCCGUGAUGCUCUGGUCCAAGCUAUUGCUGAAGUGGAAGAUAUCUGCGGAUUAGAACCUUGGGAAUUACCUGGACAUUCGAAUAUACACUCGGGUGAUCAGGUUUGGUAUUUCUUCUACCGGCCAAAUUACAAGUACCGGAAUAGUGCAAGGAUCAAGAGGACAACCAACGAAGGAUACUGGAAGCCGACGGGAAACCCUCGCAAGAUAAUGGCUAGGGAUCUUCAGACCAAGAUUGGCCAGAAAAGGACAUUGGUUUUUUAUAAAGGGCGUGUUAGUGACAGUAACAAAAACAAGACUGGAUGGAUCAUGCAUGAAUAUGAGCUCACUGCUACUCUUCCUAACCAAACAACUUUUGUUCUCUGCAAAUUGAAGAGGAAGUAUGGGAAGGAUGAGGCUUCAUGUAUUGAAGAUGGUGAGUCAAGUCACUAUUUGCCUUCUAACUUGGAAAAUUAUAUUGCAAAUAAUGCAAUUCAGGCAGAGGCCGCUAGAUGCCUUACGGACCAAACAGACCCUAUUGAGAUAUUAGCACAGCCAAAACUGUUUAAUGACCCUGAGGAUCUAGAAAAUAAAUUUACAGAGUUGUGGAAUACAUAUCUUAUUGGUGAUAUUCCGGAAGGUUCUGAUUUACCUUCCAAAUUUGGAAACCAUCUUGUUGAAAAUGCAAUUCCAAAUUAUCCAAUAUUACUUACUGAGGUACCAAUCGAAGAAGUACCUCAAAAUCAAUCUGGCACCAAUGAACAAGACAACAAGUUUGAGAACUUAGUUUCUGCUGAUGAAAGUAGCAAUAAACAUAAUUUAGUUGUUGGCAACGAUGAAUCUACCAUGCCAUCUAAUUCCAAAAGUGCUACUGCAGAGGAUCCAGUUAAAAUGGACUUGUCAAAUUUGGAUGAAGAAUCAAUGGAUGAAGUGUUUGGAGAUUUAGAAACGCUUCCAGAAGUCCAAGGAAACGGAUUUAGACAAUCGUUUGAUAAUUGGAAUUCAGAAGGCGAGACAUUUGAAGCCCAAGAAAUACCCAAUGCUUCAGACGAUCAAUCUAGCACCAAUGAAGAGCAAAAUAUAAGUGCUGCAAAUGGAGGUUCUAGCGUGAACUUUGUUGGCAUGAUGGAGUCAACCCAUUCCAUAAAUCCGGCCAGGAAAAGGCCACGCACUGAUUAUGAAGGAUUUGGCUGCGAUCUGUAGUCCAACUGGGGCAGAAAGAAACACCCUUUUUGUGGUACUGGGGUCUUUAGAAGGAAUCACAGAAACAGUUUCAGAUAAAUAUGGUUUUUAUUUGGAUUUGAACUAGUAGUUUAUGCUAAUAGCUUGUGAGAAUAUGACUGCAAUUUAAACUAGAUUCUAUGCUGUUCCCUAUAUAGGAUUUCUGAUGCUUAUGUUUGACGCUUUUCCUUUGUUUAUACACCAAAAAAAAAAAGA